AUGGCAUCAGCAGAGCUACAGACUUUUAUCGACGAGAACAAUGCCUCCCCCGUACUCUCUUUCUACUUGAACGGAACCAAAGUCGAACUGUACCGGCCGAAUCCGCGCUGGACACUUCUCGACUUUAUUCGCUCGCAGCAUGGACUCAAAGGCACGAAGUUGGGUUGCGGCGAGGGAGGCUGCGGCGCGUGUACGGUCGUCCUACAGACCCGGGAUCAACGGGAUACGCGGCGGAUCAGACAUCUGGCAAUCAACGCCUGUCUCUACCCGCUGGUGGGAGUCGCGGGAAAACACGUCAUCACCGUCGAGGCGUUGGGGACGGUGGAUAAGCCCCAUCCCUUGCAAGAGCGGCUCAGUAAACUACACGGAUCACAAUGUGGAUUCUGCACCCCUGGCAUCGUCAUGUCGCUGUAUGCCAUGAUCCGCAACGCGUACGACCCGGUGACCGGCGAGUUCAGUCUAUCCGAGGACGAGAUCGAGAUGAAGGGACAUCUGGAUGGCAAUCUGUGCCGGUGUACAGGAUACAAGCCGAUACUGCAGGCGGCGAAGUCGUUCGUGCAGGAAGACUUGCAAGGGCGCCUGAAGGUGGUUCCAGGGAACAGUCCAAUCGCGUCGUCGGUGGAUGACUAUCCUGCGUCGGUACCAAGCUCCCAGUCGUGCGGACGACCGGGAGGGUGCUGUCGGGAUACGCCCAGUUCGGCGUGCUCGUCGAGCUCCCAGGAUGAGCAGUGCAGUUCGCAGACUAGCGUUUCGACAACCGACUCCACAUCGGACAAGAAAGAGCUGGCACCCCAGAUUGAGUUCAUCCCAUAUGUCCCAGCAACGGAGCUGAUCUAUCCUCCUGGGCUUUCCAAAUACCAAUCCAAGCUGGUUGCAUACGGCGACGACGGUAAAGUAUGGCUGCGCCCGACAAUUCUAGACCAAGCCCUGACAAUCCUUGCCCAACAACCAUCCGCCACACUCGUUGGUGGCGCCAGCGAAGUGCAGGUGGACACCCGAUUCAAAGGGUGCAACUUUGCUGUCUCCGUGUUCGUGGGUGAUCUCCAAGAGCUGACGGGGAUUACCGUGCCGGAGGACCUAUCAAGCAUGUCUGAGCUCAUCGUAGGAGGCAACGCGUCUCUGAGUGACCUGGAGGAGACAUGUGGCCAGCUGGCGCCCCAGCUCAAACAGCGAGGAUCUGUUCUCACCGCGGCCGCGAAGAUAUUGCGAUACUUUGCCGGUCGCCAAAUCCGCAAUGCGGCGUCGCUGGCUGGGAACAUAGCCACGGCGUCACCCAUCUCCGACAUGAACCCACUGCUGCUGGCCGUGAACGCACAGGUUGUCGCGAAGACCGCGUCCGGGGAGACGACCCUGCCGAUGGACUCCAUGUUCCUGGGAUAUCGAAAGACGGCGUUACCCCCUGGGAGCUUAAUCACGCAGAUCAAAAUACCGUUGCCUCCAGCCGGGGUCCGCGAGAUCACCAAAUCCUAUAAACAGGCCAAGCGCAAGGACGACGACAUCGCGAUCGUGACGGCGUCUUUCCGCGUCCGACUGGACGGAGACGACCACGUGAGCGAGGUAGCCCUAGCCUACGGGGGGAUGGCACCCAUGACAGUCCUGGCCCAAUCCGCAGGGGCAUACCUCCGGGGCAAGAAGUGGAGGGACCAAGCGGUGCUGGAUGGUGCUCUGAAUGCGCUGAUCAGCGACUUCAAUCUCCCGUACAGCGUGCCAGGAGGGAUGGCGACAUAUCGCCGCACGCUCGCACUGUCCCUGUUCUUCCGAUUCUGGAACGAAGCGUCAUUGGAGUUCGGGCUAAUUGCAAAAGCCGACUGCGACGCGGACAUCACGGAGGAGAUCCACCGUAAGAUCUCGCAGGGGACACGCGACGAGCACAAUCCGCACGAGCAGCGCGUGGUCGGAAAGCAGCUCCCUCAUCUGUCAGGAUUGAAACACGCCACGGGCGAAGCGGAAUACAUCGACGACAUGGCGCCGCUAAGCGGCGAGCUCUUCGGAGCCAUGGUGCUGUCGCAGCGCGCCCACGCCAAGCUUGUCUCUGUAGAUUGGACGCCGGCCCUCCAGCCUGGAUUGGCAGUGGGGUACAUCGACCGACAUAGCAUCCCGGCGGAGAGAAACCACUGGGGGUCAGUGGUGCACGACGAGCCUUUCUUCGCCGGUGACGAGGUAAUCGCACACGGGCAGCCGAUCGGGCUCGUGUACGCUGACACGGCACUGAAGGCCCAAGAGGCAGCCAAGGCCGUGAAAAUCGAGUACGAGGACCUCCCGGCGAUAUUGACCAUCGACGAGGCGAUCGAAGCGAAGAGUUUCUUCAACCACGGCAAGGAGCUGCGAAAGGGCGCCGCUCCGGACGGAAUGGACGACGUGUUUGCGAAAUGCGACCGAGUCUUUUCUGGCGUGACGCGGAUCGGAGGACAGGAGCAUUUCUACCUCGAGACGAAUGCUGCUCUGGUGGUGCCGCAUGCUGAGGAUGGCACGAUGGAUGUGUGGUCGUCUACACAGAAUACAAUGGAAACGCAAGACUUUGUCUCCCAAGUCACCGGGAUGCCCGCGAACCGGAUCAAUGCUCGCGUCAAACGCAUGGGUGGCGCAUUCGGUGGAAAAGAGUCCCGCAGUGUCCAGCUUGCCUGUCUGUUGGCGAUCGCAGCGAAAAAGGAACGCCGACCGAUGCGGGCGAUGCUCAACCGGGACGAGGACAUGAUGACCAGCGGACAGCGCCAUCCCAUUCAAUGUCGAUGGAAGGUGGGUGUCAUGAACGACGGCACGCUCGUUGCACUGGACGCCGACUGCUAUAACAACGCCGGGUUCUCGACGGACAUGAGUGGCGCCGUGAUGGAUCGGUGCUUGACACACAUGGAGAACUGCUACCACAUCCCGCAUGUGCACCUUCGGGGGUGGGUGUGUCGGACGAAUAUCCACUCCAACACGGCCUUCCGGGGAUUCGGUGGGCCGCAGUCGAUGUUUAUCGCGGAAAGCUACAUGAAUGCGGUGGCAGAGGGGCUCAACAUGUCGGUCGAUGAGCUGCGUUUUCGCAAUCUCUACAAAGAAGGGGAGUUGACGCCGUUUCUGCAGCGCAUCGACGAGGACUGGCACAUUCCCCUUCUGCUGCAGCAGGUCCGAGAAGAGGUCAAGUAUGACGAACGGCGACAGGCGAUCGCGAAGUUCAACAAGGAGCAUCGCUGGCGUAAGCGUGGCAUGUGCAUGAUCCCCACUAAAUUCGGCAUCUCGUUCGCGACCGCCGUGCACCUCAACCAAGCAGGGGCGUCUGUCCGGAUCUACACGGACGGUUCGAUCCUUCUGAACCACGGCGGUACCGAGAUGGGCCAAGGGCUGUACACCAAGAUGGUGCAGGUGGCGGCCCAGGAGCUUGGGGUUCCCGUCGAGAACGUGUACACCCAAGACACAUCGACUUACCAGACGGCGAAUGCAUCCCCCACGGCUGCGUCAUCGGGCAGCGACCUCAACGGGAUGGCCGUGAAGAACGCGUGCGAUCAGUUGAACGAGCGUCUGCGACCGUAUCGUGAGCAAUUCGGGGCCGACGCCUCCAUGGCGACGCUGGCGCAUGCUGCCUAUCGCGAUCGGGUUAACCUCGCUGCCAGUGGAUUCUGGAAGAUGCCGAAAAUCGGAUACCAGUGGGGGAACUAUGACGUGAACACGGUGAAGCCGAUGUACUUCUAUUUCACACAGGGCGUGGCAUGCACCGAGGUCGAAUUGGACCUGUUGACCGGAGACCACACGGUCCUGCGGACAGACAUCAAAAUGGACAUUGGACGAUCUAUCAACCCAGCCAUUGACUACGGGCAGAUCGAAGGAGCGUUCGUGCAGGGACAGGGUCUGUUCACGAUGGAGGAGAGUCUCUGGACGCAAGGAGGACAGCUUGCGACGCGCGGACCGGGCAAUUACAAGAUCCCCGGGUUCAGCGACAUCCCACAGGAGUUCAACGUCAGCUUUCUCCAGGGGGUGUCGUGGAAGAACCUGCGGUCUAUCCAGAGCAGCAAGGGGAUUGGAGAGCCGCCACUGUUCCUCGGGGCGACCGUCUUGUUUGCGCUCCGCGAUGCGCUGCGGAGUGCGCGAGAGGAUAACGGGGUGGUGGGACCGUUGGUGUUGGAUAGCCCGGCGACUGCAGAGCGGUUGAGACUGUCCGUUGGGGAUGAGAUUCUGAGGAAGGCAGCGAUUGAGCCCACGGAGGGAGAAAGGAAUUUCUUCGUGACGGUGGCUUAG